AUUGAACUCUUUAGGUGCGGCGAGAUUAAUAGCGAGGGACCCAUCUCAACGAGGCCACUCGAGCGCCCUCUCACGCUGUUCCUCUCCCUCCUUCCACCACCUUCUUUUACUUUCUGACCUGAGCUCAGACGCUUCAAGAAGCUUUAUCUUUUGGAACUUAAAAGGCAAAGAAGCUGGAAAGCAAGAGCUCCUUAUAUUGUAAAGUUCUGAAUGGAUUUGCUAUUGUCGCUGUCCUCAGAGAUUCAACGGUGAAAACAUUCAACGUUUGAUUGCGGCUGAUUGGUGGCUAUGACUGAGUCUACAUGAAAGGCACUCUCCUGAAUCCUCUUUGAAUUCAGCCUUAAGAUUUUCUCUGCUUCAAAAGCAGUUAAAGCUUACAACAAGUUGCAAGGACAUAAUUGGAAUGUGAGGCUUUGGCGCAAGCAUAUAGGAUCUGAAGUUUAAGUGGUGCCAAUUAUUUUGUCAGCUGAAAUGGAUCGAAAUGGGGGAGAGAGUUGGAGGGAAGUGAUGAAGAAGAUGCUUCCUCCUGGAGCUUCUCUGCCUGAUGAAGCUUCUGAUCUUGACUACUCCAUAGCCAUAGAAUAUCAGGGUCCACCAGUUUCAUUUGAAGUGCCAACAGUUGAUCCUCUUGAUAUGAAUUCUCGAGGAGUUCCACUUUCUGGAUCACAAUCUAUUUCUCGUGUGAGGCCUCAGGUGAUUGAGCCAAUUCCUCUGCCAGUGUCUCGUAUUGCCGGUGUUACAGGUUCUCCUAAUCAAAGUCCUAGGAUGUCAGGAAGUUCAGAAUCUGCGGUGUCUGUCUUGCAAAAUCCUGACUUUUCUUCAGCGUCAGCCUCACCUGGUUCAGCUCAUAAUCCUCCUAGGCAAGUGAUAAACGAAUCAAAGAGGGCGCAUGUUGUCACUUUUAAUACUGUUGAUAGAUCUCAAAGGAAGGAAGCUGAAGUUAUGGAGCCAGUUUAUCCAGAAUAUGUGUGGGUUUCAAAGGAAAGGAAGAAAAAGAAAUUCAGAGUUUGUUAUAGAUGUGGAAAAGGGAAGUGGGAAACUAAGGAAUCUUGCCUAGUUUGUGAUGCCAAGUAUUGUAGCAUUUGUGUUCUCAGGGCCAUGGGAUCAAUGCCAGAAGGACGCAAAUGUGUAACUUGCAUUGGUCAGCCUAUUGAUGAAUCAAAGCGUAUGAAAUUAGGUAAACAUUCAAGAGUAUUAUCUCGACUUCUUGUUCCUCUAGAAGUUAAGCAAAUUAUGAGAGCAGAGAAAGAAUGCUCUGCCAAUCAGCUUAGGCCAGAGCAGCUGAUGGUUAAUGGAUUCCCACUGAAGCCCGAGGAGAUGGCAGAAUUACUUGGGUGUCCCUUACCUCCACGGAAGCUGAAGCCUGGUAGAUAUUGGUAUGACAAAGAAUCUGGUCUCUGGGGAAAGGAAGGGGAAAAACCUGACAAGAUAAUAAGUUCAAACUUGAACUUCACCGGGAAACUUAGCGCUGAUGCUAGUAAUGGAAACACACAAGUUUACAUCAAUGGUCGAGAGAUUACAAAGCUUGAAUUGAGGAUACUGAAGCUGGCAAAUGUACAGUGUCCACGUGAUACCCACUUUUGGGUUUAUGAUGAUGGUCGUUAUGAGGAAGAAGGUCAGAAUAAUAUCAGAGGAAACAUUUGGGAGAAGGCUUCAACAAGAUUUGUUUGUACCCUGCUCUCUUUACCCUUUCCCCAUGGAAAGCCUCAUGAACCAAGAGAUGAGAUCAAUAAUUAUUCUACAGUUCCAAAACAUCUAGAACAGAAAAAAGUUCCAAAGCUUCUUCUUCUUGGACUUCAAGGAUCAGGAACUAGCACUAUCUUUAAGCAGGCCAAAUUCUUGUAUGGGAGCAGAUUUACUGAAGAAGAGCUACAGGAUGUCAAACUGAUGAUCCAGAGUAAUAUGUACAAAUAUCUUAGCAUUUUGCUUGAUGGAAGAGAGCGCUUUGAGGAGGAGGCUCUUUCUGAAAUGAAUGCACAAAAUUCUUUUGGUCAAACUGUGAGACAAGUUGGGAACAGUGAAUCAAAUGAAACUAGUCUAUGCAUCUAUUCCCUCAACUCAAGGCUGAAGCAUUUCUCUGAUUGGCUCCUGGAUAUUAUAGCUACCGGGGAUUUAGAUGCAUUCUUCCCAGCAGCCACACGUGAGUAUGCACCAUUAGUUGAAGAAGUGUGGAAGGAUCCAGCAAUACAAGAAACCUAUAAAAGAAAAGAUGAGCUUCAUUUUCUUCCAGAUGUGUCAGAGUAUUUCUUAAGCCGGGCCAUUGAGAUAUCUAGCAAUGAAUACGACCCUUCUGAAAGAGACAUCAUUUAUGCAGAAGGGGUUACUCAAGGUAAUGGUUUAGCUUGCAUAGAAUUCUCACUUGAUGACCGUAGCCCAAUGUCUGAAGUUUACACGGAAAAUAUGGAAACUCAGCCACCGCCUCAGCCAAAUGUCGAGCCGGUUUUCUGUGUUGCCCUGAGUGACUAUGAUCAGCUGUGGCUUGCCCCAGACAGUGAAUGGCAGUGGAAGCCUUCUGCAAAAAACAAGAUGUUACAGAGCAAAGAGCUAUUUGAGACAAUGGUAAAUAGGGUUCCUCUAUCUGCCUGUGAAUGGUUCAAUGACUAUAGUCCUGUGAUUGCUCAUCACACUAGCCAGUCCCUGGCACAUCAGGCUUACUUCUAUAUUGCCAUGAAAUUCAAAGACCUUAUGCUUCCCUCACUGGCCGAAAGCCUUUUCGUGUGGCAAGGCCGGGCAAGGGACCGUGUGACAGUCGAUGAGGCUUUCAAGUACAUUAGAGAGGGUUCCUAUAAAUGGGAUGAGGAAAAAAAACAGAGGAGAAUUACUAUGGUCCACCUGAAGAUUCAUUUACAGUACCACAGACAUAAGCUCUCUCCUUAUAUCAGACCAGAGUGA